UAUGUACACGCUGAAUUCGCCACGUCGGCACAGCGGAGUCAGAGAGAAAAGCGAGCUGCGUUUGUCUGCUGCUCUUACUGUGAGUGAAGAAAAGUCAGGAAGCUGCAGAUAAAUGCGUUAAGAGUUAAGAAGACUGAGAGAGCUGCAAACGCUCACCCAGGAAAACGUUUGUUUUUGUGAAGAAAGAAACAAACAAAACGACAAAAAAGACAGCAGAGAGUUUGGCUCGGAGGCUGAAACAGAAGCCGCCUCAGACUCAAGUUUCUUUACCAGGUGUGUUUGGAGGAGAGACAGCGAACAAUGGUGAAGAAUGUGAACAGUGUUAGCUCUGAGCCCCUCCCUGGGACCACCAUGGCCUCGGAUGAAGCCGAACCCUCCCACAGUCAGCCUACAGAGGACGCAGGCAAAGAUCAUGAGGUGGCGCCCCCUGGCAUGGUGUGGCGAAUGACCGGCGGCCUCUUCAAUGUCACAAAGGGCGUUGUUGGUGCUGCGGUGGGUGGAGUGGCCUGGGUCGGCGGGAAGAGCCUGGAAAUCACCAAAUCUGCAGUGACCACGGUGCCCUCCAUGGGAGUGGGGCUGGUGAAGGGGGGCAUGUCUGCCGUGGCUGGGGGGGUCUCCACGGUGGGUUCAACGGUAGCCAGUAAAGUCCCGUUCACAUCCAAGAGGAAAGACAAGGCGGAGUGAAAAGUAGGAGGGAUGAAGACGAAGAUGAUGAUGCUAAAAAUGAUGAUUGAUGAUGAACCCCGGCCUGAGCCAACAGAGAGAAGCUGCCACCACGUCUCUGUCUGCCAACCAAACUCCACAGUGCCUUCAUACGCCUCUUGUGGCCUUGAACAUCAUAGUUCCGUUAUUAAAGUGAGACACAGUAAUACUACAAUCACUACCUACAUAGCUCAACUGUGCUACUUAACUGUUGCAAACCAUAAUCACCAGCAAAAACAAAAAACCAUGCUGUGUCAGAGAAAUGCUGCCAUCAGUUCUGUCCUGUUCUCAUCUGGAGAAGGUUUGUUUGGCCGGAAAUCAGAUUUUAUUUCCAGACAGGGAUCAGAUCCUUCUCAGCUCGUGCUGAAAUUCUUGAUGCUGUUUUUUCUUUUCUUUAAAUCUGUUUACAAACCAAACUAACGCUCUAUCAUUUCUUCACUCUUUGCUGUCUACUUACCUAAGUUGAAGUGUUCUCUAAAUAAAGUUGCUGAUUUGUACUAUUGUUCUUUAACAGUUGUUUCAAAGUAUCGCUAAUGUCUGCAACAAACACGUGCUCUAUGUUUUCUUUUAAUUCUUGAACAUCCAUUUGACCUGACCUGUGUCCUUCUGAAGAGCCUGGACAGAUGUCCAGCCCCGUGUCUGUUCACGUGAAGACUAUGGACAAGAUGAUUUUCUGUUUGUCUGAGAGUUUAGAAAAAAGAAUCACUUUCAAGAAGAUUCCCCCCAGAAUUGAGAAGAAAACAGUUCAUUGUUGGCUGAAAGUUUAAGAAAAAAAAAGAAAAAGGGACUAAUGUUGUCUGGAGUCACUCGGUCAAAGUGGAACUGUUACUCAGAAGGUCAACACUGUUCCUACAGUGCAGGCAACAUUUGUGAACAUUUAUAUGCAAUGUCAGCAUUUCAAUGCAACAUGUGGAGUAAGUGAGAGUCGUUGCUGUGUGAGUGUCUUGUGUGUCUUUUUUUUUUUUUCAAUAUAUCAAUAAAGUAGUUUGGAGGUUUAAAUAUAUCAGAGAUA